AUGGGUCUCUCAUACAACGUCUACUUGACGGCCAACAAGAUCUUCGGGUGCAAAGGGUGCAAGACUCAUUUGGCAGAUUACAAUGAUAUCAUCAGUCGGAACUUCCGAGGCCAACAUGGAAAGGCAUACCUCUUCAAUAACGUUGUUAAUGUCACGGAAGGCGAGGCCGUCGAUCGCAAUAUGACUACUGGCCGACACAUCGUUCGCGAUAUCGCUUGUCGACAGUGCAAGGAAACGGUAGGGUGGAAGUAUGACAAGGCAUACGAGGGCAGUGAGAAAUAUAAGGAGGGCAAGUUUAUUCUUGAGGAGGAGUUGCUAAUGGCUGCCACUACCUCGGACUCUGGCAUGAUGCAGGCUGUUGUCUUCCAUGGCCCUUACAAGGUUGCUGUUGAGCAACGGCCAAUUCCCAAAGUGCAGAAUCCUGAGGAUGUCGUGGUUAAGGUGGGACAUACUGCGCUUUGCGGAAGUGAGCUGCACAUGUUCCGUGGCAUUGAGUCAGCUGGAACUGGCUUUAUCAUGGGCCAUGAGUUCGUGGGAGAGAUUGUUGAGUUGGGCAGUGCUGUGAAAACCCUCCAGAAGGGUGACCGUGUCGUUACUGCGUUUACUACUUCUUGCGGGGAGUGCUUCUACUGCAAGCAAGGGUGGUCUUCUCGCUGUGAUAAGAAUAGUCUCUUUGGAUGCGUCAACUUGGACGGUGGACAGGCUGAAUAUGCCCGUAUCCCCAAUGCUGAAGGCUCCGUCAUGAAGGCCCCCGAAGGCGUCGACGAGAAGUACCUGGUGCUCAUGGGCGAUAUCUUCCCUACUGGAUGGUUUGCUGCCAACAAUGCUUUCAAGAACUCCACCCCGGAGCAGAUUGCUGAGCAGACUGUCGUCCUCAUUGGCUGUGGACCUGUUGGUCUCUGUGCUCUUAUCAACGCUCUCGAGUACAAGCCCAAGCAUAUCUUGGCUGUUGACUCGGUCCCGUCGAGACUUGAGCUGGCCAAGUCUCUCGGUGCUGAGCCUUGGAACUUCAUGACUGACCGUGCUGGUCUGGACAAGCGUGUGCAGGAGUUGACAAACGGCCGUGGUGCCGACGCUGUUAUUGAAGUUGUUGGCUUGAGUCCUGCUUUGCGCACUGGAUAUGAGCUGUUGCGUCCUUUCGGUACUAUCAGCAGUGUUGGUGUUCACAAUGGCGAGAUUCCUUGGAAUGGGGAUGAUGCCUAUUCUAAGAACUUGACUGUUCAAAUGGGCCGCUGCCCUGUUCGAUCAGUUGCGCCUCAAGCUUUGGAGGUGUUGAAGAACAACCAACAUAAGCUAGGCUUCAUGCUUGAUAAGAUUAUGCCGCUAUCGCAGGCGGUGGAGGGCUAUGAGCUGUUUAACGCGAUGAAAGUGCAGAAGGUUGUAUUCCUAGCUGGACAGUAA